UUUGGGCCUCUCUUACUCUAUGUGACCAUCUCUGCAGCUCUGAAUUCGAUUGCUCUUGGUUGAAUGUUGAUCGCGUAACAUUUAUUGUCUCUCACUUCCGGACACACUAACAUCAACAACGAAGGGAGCUGCUAACAUUAUCGGAGAGGUGGUGGUGGCAGUAGAAAGAGUUUCAGUGACCGGGAGACUAGCUACCUGUCCACCGGUAAUAGCACCAAACUAUCGCAUCUCAUAGGUAGGCUUGGUGGUGUUACGCUUUUAAACAUAGUUUUAUUUUGAUCUAUUUUGUUUUCCUCCCCGGAAAAGUUGUCAUUAUUGACCAUGGAGCGCUCUUGUAGCAGGGGUAGCAUCACCCACCAAGACCACGCACCUGCUCCUCCCUGUAGCCGGGGACACACCCCUCCACCGUCGCAACAGAGACCAAAGCGCACUAUGGUGGAUGUGACAAAAUGGCCGCUGUUUAGCCUGAUGGAAGGCCAGGAGCUCUCGUCCAUACGACAGGCCUGUGUGUUCGGAACCUCCGCCAACGAGGUCAUCUACAUCACCCACAACGACGACGUGUAUGUGUUUGGGCUGAACUGCAGUAACUGCCUGGGAACAGGGGACAGCCAGAGCACCAUCCUACCUAAGAAGCUGGACUUUUUGAGUGGGAGGAAAGUGGUCAGCCUCAGCUAUGGCAGCGGACCCCACAUCCUCCUGGCCACAGAGGAGGGCGAGCUGUUUGCCUGGGGCCACAAUGGCUACAGCCAACUGGGGAACGGGACCACCAACCAGGGGGUGGCUCCUGUGCUGGUGUCUGCCAGCCUGCUCAACAAGAGGGUGAUGGAGGUGGCCUGUGGUUCACAUCACUCCCUGGCUCUGACCAACACUGGAGAGGUGUAUGCGUGGGGCUACAAUAACUGUGGCCAGGUGGGGUCAGGGUCCACGGCCAACCAGCCCACCCCCAGGAGGGUGUCCAACUGUCUGCAGAACAAGGUGGUCGUCAGCAUCACCUGCGGUCAAACCUCCUCUCUGGCUGUGGUCGAGAAUGGAGAGGUGUACGGCUGGGGCUAUAACGGCAACGGCCAACUGGGGCUGGGCAACAAUGGGAAUCAGCUGACACCUUGUCGCCUGGUGGGCCUGCAGGGUCUCUGUGUGCUACAGAUAGUGUCUGGCUAUGCCCACUCCUUGGCCCUAACAGACGAGGGGCUGCUGUAUGCCUGGGGGGCCAACACCUACGGCCAGCUGGGCACAGGCAACAAGAGCAACCAACUCAGCCCAGUCCAGAUCAUGGCUGAGAAGGAGAGCAGGAUUGUAGAGAUUGCAGCAUGCCACUCCACACACACCUCAUCAGCUAAGACUCAGAGUGGCCAGGUGUACAUGUGGGGCCAGUGUAGGGGUCAGUCCAUCGUCUUGCCCUUCCUCACACACUUCUCCUGCACUGAUGACGUUUUUGCCUGCUUCGCCACGCCCUCAGUCAUGUGGAGGCUGCUCUCCAUGGAGCAUGAUGACUUCCUGACGGUGUCCCAGUCUUUAAAGAAGGAGUUUGACAGCCCAGAGACGGCCGACCUCAAGUUCAGCGUAGACGGCAAAUACAUCCAUGUGCACAAGGCUGUGCUCAAGAUCAGGUGUGAGCACUUCAGGUCCAUGUUCCAGUCCCAUUGGAAUGAGGACAUGAAGGAGGUGAUAGAGAUCGACCAGUUCACCUACCCAGUCUACCGCUCCUUCCUAGAGUUUCUCUACACAGACAACAUAGACCUGCCCCCAGAGGACGCUAUUGGUCUGCUGGACCUGGCCACGUCCUACUGUGAGGACCGCCUGAAGCGUCUAUGUCAGCACAUCAUCAAGAGAGGCAUCACCAUCGAGAACGCCUUCUCUCUGCUCGCUGCUGCCGUGCGCUACGACGCAGAGGACCUGGAGGAGUUCUGCUUUAAGUUCUGUGUGAACCACCUGACGGAGGUGACUCAGACUGCAGCCUUCUGGCAGGUCGAAGGAAACCUGCUCAAAGAGUUCAUCUGCCGAGCCAGCCGCUGUGGAGCCUUCAAGAACUGACCGCUGAACCUGCUCUUCAUCUCUCACAGUCUCCAUCACGGAGCUACGCAAGGCCAACCACGCCCUGGCCUGCAGUCUGAUACCGAGCCACCAGGCUGUCCCGUUAGCUGUAGCGUUAGCCAGAGUGCCUGCCUGUGGUUGUCUGUCUACUGCACAUGAGAUGGGUGGCAAAGGAUGUUAAGAAGCUACCCUAACCCCUGUAUAAGGGGUGUUACAGAACUGUUCAGAGGAGGUAUUAGAUAUUGAGAUCAUCUUCCAUCUCCCGCUGUGGUUUGGUAGUUUCAUCCUGCAGCUUUGGAAGCCAGAGUUUUUUACCAGUAUUUUGUUUCCCUUUUUUCCUUCCAAUCAUACGUGUGGAUUGAGUUCUUCUUGACGAGUGAGGAGCACGUUUGCACUUUCUGAUAUGGUGCAGUGGGUUCUGGGAAAGCCUGUGUGAGAUUGAUUAUAUAAUGUAUCACUACUGACAGAUAGCAGUCUUAAGUGUUCCAAUUGAACAGAGGGUCUCAGGUUAUGAGAUCCAGUCUUAGGGCUCGAUUCAAUCAGAUCCGCUUUAGCCAACAUCAGCAUAGCAGUUGUUUUGGGGGUGUCGGAGGUGGAACUGCGUUAGAGCUGUCAAAUCCACAAGUGGUUCCUGGCCUUAUACCUAAAGCGGACAUUG